AUGGAGGAUGCAGCCAAUGCAUCACAAACCACUAUGGAGGAUGCUGCCGAUGCAUCACAAACCACUAUGGAGGAUGCAGCCAAUGCAUCACAGACCACUAUAGAUGAUACAGCCAAUGCAUCACAAACCACUAUGGAGGAUGCAGCCAAUGCAUCACAAACCACUAUGGAUGAUACAGCCAAUGCACCACAAACCACUAUGGAGGAUGCAGCCAAUGCAUCACAGACCACUAUGGAGGAUGCAGCCGAUGCAUCACAGACCACUAUGGAGGAUGCAGCCGAUGCAUCACAGACCACUAUGGAGGAUGCAGCCGAUGCAUCACAACCACUAUGGAGGAUGCAGUUAAUGCAUCACAAACCACUAUGGAGGAUGCAGCCGAUGCAUCACAGACCACUAUGGAGGAUGCAGCCGAUGCAUCACAACCACUAUGGAGGAUGCAGUUAA